AUCAAUUGUUCAACUAGUAGUAGUCUUUAGUGUGGCCAUUUUUAUAGAUCUCUAUUCCAACCUUUCAGCCUUUUCUUUUUACGAUUUGCUUGAUGCUUACUUGGGGCUUACGAAGAGCGUUGUUAUAGUGUGAGAGCGGGAACUCCUAGACAAUGGCUGAGGCUUCACUUCGAGACAUCACAACGGCGCUGCCAGCUUCGGCGCCCUCGGCUGCUUCCGAUGCCGCCGACCAGCAGCCCAAGAAGUUUCCCAAGGGAGUGGUGCUGGGCAAAGAUGGCAAGCCAUGCCGAAGCUGCACCUCGUUUGCUGCAUGGGCCACGCAGGCCAAGGACCAGACCAAGAAGGACGCAGUUCCCGGCAGCAGAGCCGUAUCCACCGCGGCCGUCGCCUCGGGCCCUCCAGCCGACUGUCCGCCAGAUGUCGAGACUCUCGGCCGCAGCACCUGGACGCUGCUCCAUUCCAUUGCGGCCUCGUACCCAGAGACGCCCUCGCAGACGCAGCGAUCCGACCUCCUGAGCUUUGUCGGGCUGUUUUCCAAGCUGUAUCCGUGCUGGGUCUGCGCCGAGGACUUCCAGGGCUACAUGGCACGGCAGAAACCGCAGGUGAAUUCGCGCGACGAUUUUUCGCAGUGGCUGUGCCGCGCGCACAACGACGUGAACAAGAAGCUGGGCAAGCCGCAGUUUGACUGUUCACGCUGGGAUGAGCGCUGGAGGACGGGCUGGAAGGACGGUCGCUGCGACUGAUGGAGUGGCUGUGAAUUUUUUUUUUUCUCCGACUGUACGAGUAUCAUUAGAUGGCGCGAAGCAAGGAAAACGAAAAGAAAGGAGGCAAAGUCUGCGGCAAGUGCAUGCAGCAGUGUACGAUUGUGAGCGAGGUCGAUUCAGCUCAAUUCUUUUGGCAGCAUAUACCGACGGCGUUAUUUUCCCAGAAGCGUUGGGAAUAGGGGCAAAAUAGACAGAUACGAUGUCGUGUUGGGGGCAUGGUACGAGGACGGGAUGCGUUAUCAUGCAGGCUUGUUAGUGUGCGUGUACAAGUAGGCAUGGCAUGGUGGUGAGAGCCUUCACGGCGAAAGCAUGCCACUGUGUUUGAACAGAAAACUCUUUACUCAAUGCCUGCGACGGGUUUGGCCUAUCGAAGCCUGUCGACUUAUCAAUUUCCACUA